AUUAUUUCCUGUUCGGAGGAUAUCUCGUCAGUGGGAGCCAAAUACAGUUUAAUGUGUUUGAUGUUCAGGCAUUUGCUUGACGUUCUGUUUGAAACUUGUUUCCUGAGCUAUGGUCGCAUAGAAAGCCCUCCGGAAAUGUUUGGGGAAUAUUUCGAUGCGGCUCGACGACUCGGAAAUUCAGCGGGCUCCGCGAGCGAGUGAGAGACAUGGACAACUCCGUCACCCUGUGGCAGUUCCUGCUUCAGCUUCUGUUGGAUUCCAACAAUGAGCAGCUCAUCUGCUGGACCAAUGACGAAGGGGAGUUCAAACUGCUGCAGGCUGAGGAGGUGGCCCGGCUGUGGGGAGCCCGCAAGAACAAGCCCAAUAUGAACUAUGACAAACUGAGCAGGGCACUCAGAUACUACUAUGACAAGAACAUCAUAAAGAAGGUGAACGGUCAGAAGUUUGUCUAUCGCUUCGUGUCCUAUCCUGACAUCCUCAAAGGAGACGUCACUCGAGCAGAGGGCGUGGAUGCGGGCGCAGGGGGUACCACUAGUAAAAACCGAGAACCUGUUUUUGAGCAGCAGAUGGAGAGCAGCGUUGUCCUGUCUGGAGAUGAGACCAGCAUGUUGGACACUGAAACCAGUUCCUCCUCAGUGAGCAGCAGCACCACAGUCAGCACCCAGAGCUCAGGAAAGGCACGCAAGCCCCCCAAAAUCCUGCAGAUCAGCCCACCAGCUCUGCUCGUCACUGCCUCGGACUUCUCCCCCAUGAAUCUCUGCAGCCCCUCACUGCCUACUGCCUCGCUCACACCAGCAAUGCUUCAGACUCCAACGCUUCUGCUGACUCCAAGCCCGCUUCUCUCCAACAUCCACUUCUGGAGCACGCUCAGUCCGGUCGCUCCACUCAGCCCAGCCACGCGACGCCAGGGAGGCCACCUGUUCCAAAUUAAAGCAAAUUUUGUACUUCAUUUGAAAAUCCUGGAGGAAGAGUGGAGAGACAGUAAGUCCAAGAUGUUUGAAGUCUAG